AUGCUUGACGACAAGUCGACUCCUGCAAAUGGACUUCAAUUAUUCGAUACAGCCAUAUUUUUAUUCGAUGAUGAAAUUAAAUACCAGGAAAAGAAGCGUGUUGAACAAAUAUUGUGGCCGGCACAUUGCGUACAACACAGCCAUGGAGCUAAAUUACACAAAGAUUUGCAGAUACUUGAAUCGACACCAAAUCAACACGUCAUUUCUCUAUUCAAAGGAUUCGAUCGAGAUAUCGAUUCUUACUCGGCAUUUUGGGAUAAUCAAAAAAUUAGAGAGACUGAGCUCAAUUUACAACUACAAAAAUACAAUGUUACACGAAUUUUCGUUGCUGGGCUUGCAACUGAUGUUUGUGUCUAUUCGACAGCACUACAUGCAGCUGAAUAUGGUUAUGAAACAUUUAUUAUUGAAGAUGCUUGUCGAGGUGUAGAUGAAGCAGCUAUUGAGACCAGGCUCGACGAGUUGGUGAAACUUCAAUGUACAGUUAUCCAAUCGGCUGAUGUCAAAGCCCUUGUUGAAAGCGGAUAA